AUCGAUACGCCCACUGAAGGACAUAGUUGACCCUACUGGCCGCGGGGCCGGUACAUCGGAAUCACAUGACUGCAUCACUUCUGGCUUCUGUACACAAACACAUAUUGGCUCGACUUUAGGUUUCCAAAAUGCUCGAUGGCGUGGUAUACACCCUCGAGAGACGAAGGACAUCUCCUAUGGAGGACCGCGGGGUGAUCGUUAACGUGGUGUCCUGGAUUUUACUUGUUGCGAUGGUCUUCGUUCUCUUUACACGUUUCGCAAUGAAGCUUGCAUGCUCUCCCAAGGGACGCAGAUUCGGAACGGACGAUAUUCUUAUUGGCUUUGCUGCUCUUUUCAGCGUUGGUCAGACGGCUGCUGUCUCGAUGGAAGCUAUUCAUGCUCUCGGACAGCAUAGGAGAGAUUUGACUCCUAAACAGCUGAGCAUCUAUCAGAAGUCUGAGUAUGCUGCAUGUAUACUCUACAUCGCCAACAUGGGAUGCGCGAGGCUCUCCAUGUGCUUUCUCAUCAGGAAGAUACUUCCAGGGUGUGCUGCGCGGUGGGCUGUCGUGAUUUUCGGGACCUUCUCUGCACUUUGGACUAUCGCAGGCGUCCUCGUCUCGGCAUUCCGCUGCAAACCCCCUAACGUGUGGGCAAAGAGUGGUGACCAGUGCAUUGAUAUUGUCAAGUUUGUCAAUUACACAGGCAUCUCGAAUAUUGUCGUGGAAAUAUUGCUGGUAUCAGUGCCCUUGUUUGUCUGGAAUCUGCGAACAACUGCGGGGAGAAGGGUAUCCGUCUCCGCCUGUUUCCUUUCGCGGCUCAGCAUUGUCGGGGCAGUAGCUGCGCAGCUCACAGUUUACAACAAGGUUGCUAGAACUGACGACAAAACUUAUGAAUACUGGCGAAGCACCAUUUGUGUCCAGGUGGCACAGAAUUUGUCCAUUAUUACAGCAUGCAUUCCUUGCUUACACCCAUUUAUCCUGAGCAUCUUAAACGGCUCCACGAAAACCGAUUCAUUACGCUUCGACCAAUGCCCAAGAAAAUGGAGUGUGAGGAAGAUAUUCGGGAAGGCCACGAUGCGCCCAAGAAACCACAAGUUCGAUUCUACAAGCUCUUACUCCUCGACAUUUCCUAUACAAUCAGAGAAGGACACGGAGUAUUGCAGGCCUCUCGCGACCCACGGUCUUGAUAGAUCAACUUCUCGGCUAGACGACCGCACGAAUGAUUUCACCCGCAUCCCGUACAAUGUUGCAACACCAAUACGAGGCUCGGAACCACCAGAGAACGUCUUCAAUCGCUCGAUCGAGAUUCCACGAUCUACAUCUCGCCCUCCGACGGUUCACUCCAAUAAGGACCCACUCACUUUCCCGGCUGUGAAGCCCGCACGUAGUAAAUCCCAAAAGUCAUUGCCCCCAAUACCUCCCAGAACUUUGGAGCAAGUUGGCGUACUACCAAUCAUAGAUUGGGAUAGCUCUCCGGAAGGUAGCUCAGAAGGUGAUUCGGGUCGUAACUCGUCUCGAGGGAAGAGGACCUCUUCAUACAUUUUCAAUAGAGAGACUGUGAUCAGCGUUCCGGAGGACAACAUGGCGAUGUUCGAGAAAGAAUAUUGGCGAAAAUACCCACCGCCGCCUAUGAGCGGGGAGAAAUGAAAUUCUUUCAAUAUAUUGUUUAUUCAACUUUUCUAUUUUCCAUCCUUGAAGAUACCAUAGACAAUUUCAACGUCGCGCGACUCACACGAGUUUGCAAAUACCACCACAUUAUCGAUCAACCUGAAUUGCUCAUCCCGAGUGAACCCA